AUGGCGCAUGGUGCAGACGUACAAGGCACGACGGCCAAGGGCAUUCUCGUCGGGCUGGGCUGGUUGGACAGGCUACUGUCACUCUUCAUAAUACUAGCUAUGGUCUUGGGCGUCAUCAUCGGAGAAUUUGCGCCAAACGUAAAGGAGAACCUCACAAAAGGUGAUCUUAAGGGUGUCUCGGCUCCUCUCGUAGUGGGGCUGAUUGUCAUGAUGUGGCCAAUCUUGACAAAAGUCCAAUAUGAGAAGGUACCGCAGACGUUUCAAACGCGAAAGAUCUGGGCCCAGAUCGCCGUCUCGCUCAUCCUCAAUUGGGUCGUUGGGCCCUUUCUCAUGCUAGCAUUGUCAUGGGCUACACUACCAGACUUGGAAUCGUACCGUAUCGGCAUCAUCAUGGUCGGCCUUGCUCGCUGCAUCGCCAUGGUCAUGAUCUGGAAUCAGAUUGCGCGUGGCGACCCUGACAUUUGCGCCAUCAUCGUCAUCAUCAACUCGCUACUUCAGAUCGUCCUCUACGCGCCAUACAGUCUCUUAUUCGUCAACGUCAUCUCUGGAUCCAGGGAGUUUGAGCUUCGAUACGGCGACACAGCUAUUGCCGUGCUGAUAUACCUUGGCAUUCCGCUAGCCGCAGGUGUAGCCACGCGCUUUUCAGUCAUGGGCGCCUUCGGCAAGCAUUUCUUCGAGAAUAAGUUUCUUCCCUUCUUUGGCCCUCUCUCCCUCAUCGGCCUGCUCUACACGAUCAUCAUCAUAUUCGCUGAGCAAGCACGACGGAUCCUCGACAACUUGGGUCCAACCUUCCGCACCUUCGUUCCCUUGGUACUCUACUUUGCUCUUAUGUGGAGCUUGGGCUUCUUCCUUGUCUGGGGGCUCUCCAAACGGUACGGCCGAGGAACGUGGGGCUAUCAAAUGGCUGUCGUGCAAGCCUUUACUGCAGGUAGCAACAACUUCGAGCUCGCCAUCGCCGUUUGCGUGUCGGUGUAUGGCGCAGACUCCGACCAGGCACUUGCAGCCACAAUCGGACCGCUGGUAGAAGUACCAGUGCUGCUGAUACUCUCUUGGGUCGCGCUCUCCCUGGGUAGAAAACUCAAGUCCCAUGAAGCUGCACUCGUCUCUUGA